CCAUGCGCAUCUUUACUCCUCCCCUCCAUUAAAACUUUCCGAGCCUGCCAGCUGCUUGAUUUACAGCUGAAUCCGAACUCGACUUCACUGACGAAAAAUUUGUUUCUAGCCUUAAAAGACUAAUCUCGAGUCAAAAAUGUCGAUUGCCCUCAGAAGAUUAAUGGCCUGCCCAGGCCUUCAUCGUGGGGCCUUCGGCGGCGUGAUGGGCCCGCAAAUCCGAACGGUCGUUCUGCGCUCGCAGCCGGCCGCCGUCAAGACAGCAGAGGACUUCUUUGAGAAGAACGAGCGGCUGAAGAGGCCGAUGUCUCCUCACCUGACCAUUUACAAGCCACAGAUCACCUCGAUGCUGUCCAUUUCGCACCGCAUCACCGGUAUCGCCGUCACGGGCUACGUGUACGCCUUCAGCAUUGGAAUGAUGUGCCUGCCGGCCUCGUUCCCGCAUUACUGCGCCGCGCUGGCCACCGCCAGUCCCGCCCUGCUGUUCUCGGCCAAGUUCUUGCUCGCCUUCCCCUUCGCCUACCACACAUGCAACGGCGUCAGGCAUUUGGUGUGGGACUUGGCUAAGGGCUUGGAAAUCAGCCAGGUCUACAAGACUGGCUACACCAUGUUGGCCGCCACCAUCCUCCUCACCCUGGCUCUCCUCUCCUGCUGAGCUAGUGUAAAAUUAGCUGUUGAUCUGGAUCAGAAGGAGCCACUAGUUCUGUAAAUAAUAUAUUUAAUAAAAACAAAAAUGGAAUUCUCACUCAGUUACUA